AUGGCCUCUUACCAGAGUUGGUUGAUGAUGGCAAUUUUGGUUGCUAUUGUUUCAUUCUCAGGCAUGAAGAGUGGCGUAGGAGCACGGCAUCUUAUGCAAGCAACAAGUGUAACAUUGCCACCAUUUCCAACACAGGGGAAUGUUCCACCAUUGCCACAGCUUCCACUUCCAAAGCCAACACUGCCCAACAUUCCUUCUUUCCCAAUCCCAACGACUAUUCCAAUCACUUUCCCCUUCUUCUCCCCACCACCUUCUACCACCACCACCACCCCCCCUUGA